CUAUUCUCUUUGAUCAACACGUGCGUGCGUCGCGACGCGCUCGCAUAUAGCCCGCAUUUUAUCAUCAUCCAGAAUCAGGCAAACCGGUUUCGAAUACUCGUCAAAAGAUAGUAGAACGUCUUUCAGUGAUAAGUGUCGCAAGUAUGGAUACAAGUGAAAGUGAAGAUAAUUUAGAUAUGCUCCAGUCACCUCCAAGACUCGGAUUGUGUGAAGUUUGCAAUAGCUGCCAAGCCAAAUACACCUGCCCAAAAUGUGAAAUAAAGUCUUGCUGCUUAAAAUGCAUCAAUAAUCAUAAAAAAGAACUUAAAUGUGACGGAAUCCGUGAUCGCACAAAGUAUAUUCCGCUACGGAAGAUGACAAAAAUGGAGAUGAUGAGUGACUACUACUUUCUAGAGGAAUGUACGCGAUUUGUAGACGAUCGAAAACGAGACAAAAUCAAGAGGUACACGCGUUACAAUAAAGUCCUGCCUUCGUCGCUGUUUCGGAUGCGUAGUGCCGCGCGGGAACGUGGUACAACACUGAGAUUUCUGCUGCAGAACUUUACCCGCAAUCAGCGCAAUACCAGUCAGUUGAAUUACAGUACUGGCGUUAUUCACUGGCGCGUCGAGUGGUGCUUUCCAAAUGCUGAGGGGUUGGUGUUUGUCGACGAAAGAUGUGAUGAAAACGAAAAAGUCUUCGUUCUACUAAAUAAGUACCUGGAAGCUGGAUCUAGCGAAAACUUACCCGGAAAGAACAAACUCGAAUUUUACCAAUCACGAGGGUUGAACCGACUACGUGUAUUAUUGAAAGCGGAAGGUGUGAGCCGGUGCAAGAACCGUUUCUUUGAACUCAAACCAAAGCAAUCGCUAAAAGAAAACUUACAGGGCAAAACCAUUGUCGAAUAUCCCGUAAUUUAUGUGAUUUUUAAAGAAGCAUCCGAUGGAUUCGAUGUAAUUGAGUCCGAUGAUGAUGUUGAAGCAGAAACUAAGCUGUAUCAGAAUCAUUUGGAACAACAGUAUGGUCAACGGAGAGAACAGUUCAAAAAGGAGGAGCCGAGACAACGAGAACAGGAGUCGAAGGUACUGGAGGGCAUUAAUAAACUUGAAAUCAAUAAGAAGCGAGAGGAACGUCGAAUGAAGAAAGAAGCUGCCAGUAUAGAACCAGUCAAUUUGCUGUUUAGUGACGAGAAUCUAUGGAGUCAGUAUUCGUCGGAUUCCGAUGGGGAGAUGACCGAAGAGGAGAAAGAUAUUGAAGAGAUGUUUUCUCCAAAGAGAAUAAAAAUUGAAAAGGAUUAAGCUUUCCAUUGUACAUUUGCUAUUGUUGAAUUUUCAUAUGAAUUGAAUGAAUGGAGGCUUGCUGAAUUUUCCUAUUCAUUAUAAAGAACUACAGAUAGAUUCACCGUAGAUUUAUAAUAAUUGAAGAGUACAUUGAAGAAAACUACAUCUCAUUUUACUAAGACAUGUUUGGCUCUUGGAUUAAAGAUUUGACCGCCUUUUUUCUAGUAGAUAUUUAGAUAAAUUAUAAAAUUUGCUUGAAAAAGCAAAUGUAACCAUUUCAAGUUACAUGCAAAUGAUAUUUAGGAAGUUUUAAAAGUAUACUUGAACAAUAAGUAUUUAGUAUCUGCGAUACACUCGAACUGGUUUUUUUCAAUAUGUAUUUAUUCCUAAACAACAAACACAUAAUUCACAGUUUAUGCUAAUGAAUUAAUCAUAUUGGAAUAACAACUUUUUUCGAAUUAUGUACAUGCUUUUCUCACAAUUAUCAGGAAAUUGAAAUAGAUGUAUAUUUUUCUGUAAACCAACUACAAAAAUUCCUUAUUAUUAAAACAAAACACAUUGGAACAGAGAA